UUUGAUGAAUAGUGUCGCUGUCAGAAGCGGUGGAGUCGGACGGAGCAAUGGUGACGGGCUGUGAGGACGGAAGAGGCUGCGCCAUGUCUGCUCCAUGUAGUUGUUAGUCCGGAGCUGGAUGUCUAUGGGGGAGAGUUUGCUCAACUGUUUCCGUCCCUGCGCCGUCCCGCCGGGCUUCACGUUGUGCUGGCUCUGCCUUUUAUUCUGAAAAGCCAUGGAGAACAGGACGUGUCCAGUCUAAAAGAAGAAGAAGAGCUGCUGUUGAACUCCGAGCGCGUCGAGGUUCCGGUGAAAACCCCCAGCUCCUGAAAGUUGGAGGCAGGAGGAGGAGAAGCUUCGGCUCGACAAGGAGCCUCUGAGGGGCCACAUCACAAUAUGGUGAACAGCCAGGCAUCAGGCGUGCCGUCGGCCCCCAGGUCAUGUGCAGGAUGCGGAGGAAAGAUCGCAGACCGCUUCCUGCUCUUCUCCAUGGAGCGCUACUGGCACACUCGCUGCCUCAAGUGCUCUUGCUGCCAAGCCCAACUGGGGGACAUUGGCACCACCUGCUACAGCAAAGGGGGCAUGAUUCUUUGUCGGAGCGACUACAUCAGACUGUUCGGGCACAGCGGGGCGUGCAGCGCCUGCGGCCAGUCGAUUCCAGCCAACGAAAUGGUAAUGAGGGCACAGGGAAAUGUUUACCACCUCAAGUGUUUCAGCUGUGCCACCUGUAGAAACAGACUGAUGCCCGGCGAUCGCUUCCACUACAUCAAUGGUACAAUCUUCUGCGAGCACGACAGACCCAGUGCUGCCUUGCUCAACAGCCACAUGCCUCCACUUCAGAGCAACUCUGUGUUGACAGACCAGAAGGUUUGCUGAGUGGCAGCAGUGCCGCGUGUUGCCCUCGCCUUUUCUCCUGAGCUUCACUUCUCCUCAUUGCACCUCCUCUUCUCCUGCUACUGUCACCUUUGUGGAUUUUCAUCACCGUCUUUGCCUCUUUUACUCGGAGAGGCCGCAGUUUUUCUCCAAGAUACCCCCCUCCACAUCAUAUCAGACUCAAUAUAGAACAUACAAAGUGACAUUUAUGUUGUGUUCAAUGUUAAAGUGGUCUGUGCAUCAUGCACAGACUUGAAGUGUUUGUGUGGACUACACUGGCAAAAGGCUUCAACAGGACAAAGAGAAAGCUCGAGAAAAAAAAUGACGACCCAGCGCCAACUGGAAGAGGGAACAAAAGAUGCUCAAAUGAAUGUUUGAUGGACUGCUGUUACAUGACUGUCAAAGCUUUGCUUACGCCAUGUGGCAUUAUUUCCCCUGAGCGUCAGGGUUUUUAACGAACUCUUGAUCUCGCUCUCUUGUAUAUGGUAAUCUGAGAUCUUACACACUGAGGAUUGAAUGUAAAAAUGUGAGGUGCCAGGCAAAAUCCAGAGUAUCUGAAAAUGUCCAAUCAUGGGAAAACCUUAAAAUGGGUUCGACCAGAAACUUUUUUAAGCACUCAAGGAAAACAGAAAUCUAAUAUUGCUAUUAUGUGUGAUUACUGAUAUUUCUGAUGCCCUGCACAAAGAACUGAAAUGAUCCAGUGAUGGUUUAGCUUUUUUUUUGGUGCAGUUUUAUUUCUCUAGUUCAUUGUGUGAAAAAUAUUUGGAAUUAACAAAAAAUCCUAUUAAAAUGAUUUUCGUGUAACGUG